CUGAACAUUUUUCCUGACAGCGUUUUUUAAUCUCCCAGAGCUGAUAUCGUUGUGUUAGUUAGUGUGCGUGUAACAGCACCGUUUUCGUGGAGAGCUGAAACAAUGGCCGCUCUGAAAUACGCUGGCAUGGACGAUACUGACAGCGAGGACGAGUUACCGCCUGGUUGGGAAGAGAGAUCUACCAAAGACGGCUGGGUUUACUAUGCAAACCAUGAAGAAAUGAAAACACAAUGGGAACAUCCCAAGACGGGAAAGAAAAAACGCUGUGCUGGAGAUUUACCAUACGGCUGGGAACAGGAGACUGACGAAAAAGGCCAGACCAUUUUUGUUGAUCACAUUAACAAGCGCACCACGUAUUUUGACCCACGCCAGGCCUUUACAGUUGAGGAUGUUGUGGUGAAGCCAAAGAGGUAUGAUGGAAACACUGCUGCCCUGGAAAUUCUGCAGGGUCGUGACCUGUCUGACAAAGUCGUCCUCAUCACUGGGGGCAACUCUGGUAUCGGCUUUGAGACGGCCAGGUCGUUUGCUCUUCACGGAGCCCAUGUCAUCCUGGCUUGUCGAAACCUGUCUCGGGCCAGCAAGGCUGUCAGGCUUAUAGAGCAGGAGUGGCACAAAGCAAGAGUAGAAGCCAUGAUGUGUAACCUGGCUUCUCUUCGCAGCGUCAGGGAAUUUGCAGAAUCUUUCAAGGCCAAGAAGCUACCUUUGCAUAUUCUGGUGUGUAAUGCUGCUGUGUGCACUCAGCCCUGGAGUUUGACAGAAGAUGGCCUUGAGUCCACCUUCCAGAUCUGCCAUCUUGGUCACUUCCUCCUCGUCCAGUGUCUCCAGGACGUCCUGCGUCGCUCAGCUCCUGCCAGGGUUGUAGUUGUUUCCUCGGAGUCACACAGGUUCACGGACCUGUUAGACUCAAGUGGAAAGGUGGACCUGGCCCUGCUCUCCCCUCCAAAGAAGGAGUACUGGUCCAUGCUGGCUUACAACCGCGCUAAACUCUGCAACAUCCUAUUCAGCAACGAGCUCCACCGACGUCUCUCUCCUCAUGGUGUGACCUCCAAUGCAUUGCAUCCUGGGAACAUGAUGUAUACCUCCAUCCAUAGGAGCUGGUGGCUGAUGACCUUUCUCUUUACUCUGGUCAGACCUUUCACCAAGUCUAUGCAACAAGGUGCUGCCACCACGGUGUACUGCGCGGUGGCCCCAGAGCUGGAGGGUUUAGGCGGCAUGUACUUUAACAACUGCUUCCGCUGCCAACCGUCCAUCCAGGCACAGGAUCCAAGCAAUGCUACUAGCCUGUGGGAGCUGAGUGAGCGCCUGGUUGCAGAGCGAUCAGUCGGAGUUCAGUCCCUCUAACGGACUGAAAUCCAGGCGGUGUGGGGAAGAAGUCACAGAAGCUUUUGAUGUUGACUUAGGGGUGAACUUGAUAAAAGACUCUGACUGCACAAUACAAAAACUGCUAAACCACAGAGGUCUGCAUGGAUAUGUCAUCUCACUAUGGGGCUAAAACAUUCUACAUACACAGGAAGGAGGGGGUUUAAUUUACAGUUGCAGUCCAGUUGUUUGUGUUGCUUUACAGUAGGAAGUAGGGAACUUAGAAUGAACAGUUUAUCUUUUUUUCCCCUGCUCUUUUCUCGUAACAUUUUAACCACAACAUUUUUGAGUUAGCAUAUGCUUGGAUUACAGCUAUGGUUCACUGUUUAAGAAAAAUCGUCUUCCAAAUGAAUAUCUCUGUAUUCAGUGUCAUUAAGUCUACUGUUGUGCAGAAUCUUCUGCCAAGAAAUGGAUUUUAACGGUUUGAGUUAAAGAAAUACAACCUAGUGAGCAUAGGACCCUCACAAAGAUAUAAACACAAUAGAGGUAUGUUUCUUUUGCCUAUUUACAUGAUUCUGCGAUAAUCGUAUCUUUAUCAGUAUCCCUACUAGUUAUCUGUACAGUAUUUACAUCCACCUGAUUUGAAGAGGGCAUCCUAAUUUCCUCCUUUCUAUGAUGGAACUAGAGCAUCUGUACUAAAUCUGAGUUACAAUUUGGAGAUUUAUGGAAUGAUAUUUCACCAUCAUUAAGAGUCUUAUUUACAAACACCAUGAUCUCUGUUUCUUCUCUUGCUGUUAAACUAGAAUUCAUGAUUUCAGUCUGUUUCUUUUUAAGCUGUGAUCUUUAGUGUUGAGCCGCUGUAUUUGGGUUGGGUUGUCCUGAAGCUGCUUGGAGGGCGAUUCGCUUUUGAGACAUUGUGCUUCAUGGCAGUCCGGGUGCCGAAGGUUGUUCAAUAAACAGCAUUCCAGUGUCAUAAUAUCUGUAAUAAAAAGAGAGAGGGAAAAAAAUAAAAAUUGGUGACAAUUCAAUAAAUU